UAAUGUCGCCAAAAGUGUUAAUAAUGAUCAUCAUCAAUGGUGGUGGUGGUGGUGGUAGUAGUGGUGGUAAAUUACCACAUUGGUCACAAAAUAUAGCCAUUUGUGAAUCAUUAUCCAAUGGAGAUUAUCUUAUAUCGGGAGGUUCAGAUUAUGGUCAAAUGCCUUAUUUUACUGAAACUGGAGAUAUUAUUAUCGAAAUUGAUGGUGAACAAAUAGCUGGAUUAACAUCAUACGAUAUUGAACAGAUAUUAUCAAGACAAUCAAGACAUUCAUUUAAAGUAUUGACUGGUGGCCAACAUGGAUUCCCAUUAGAAUUACGUGAAUAUUUAUCACGACGUUUUGUACGCGGUUCAUUGGAUCAUAAAUUACAGGAACUAAUUCGUGAUAAUAUUUAUGCACGUACAAUACCAAUAACAACUAGGCCAAAACGUGAUGCUGAAAUUGAUGGUGUUGAUUAUCGAUUUGUUACAAAAGAACAAUUUAUACAAAUGGAACGUUCAGGAUUAUUAUUAGAAUCAGGUGUUUAUUGUAAUUAUUAUUAUGGUACAGCUUUACCAUCAUCUGAUUAUAAUAAUCCAACGACGAUGGCAAGUGAAACAAUGAUGAUGAAGAAUGAAUCAAACAUGAAAAUGGAUUCAACAUCAUCAUGGUCAACAAUGACAGCAAUGGCAAAACGUAAACGAAAUCGAUCGAAUAUUGUUGCUAUAGAUGCAGCAUCAUUACCAUAUGGCUGGGAACGUAUAUCCGAUUCACAUUAUGGUGUUUAUUAUAUUGAUCAUAUCAAUAAACGUACACAAUAUGAACGACCAUAUGAAAUUGAAUUAGUAAAAGGCAUUAAUGGAUUUGGUUUUACAUUGAUUGAAAUCGAUAAAGGAUUAAUUGUGGUUAAAUCAUUGAUACAAGGUGGUUCAGCUGCUGCAUCCGGUGUUAUACAACCAGGUGAUGUACUUGUAUCGGUUGCCGGUGUUUCUGUUGCCGGUUAUCAACAUUCAGAUAUUGCACAAUUAUUUGCAACAUUUACUGUUGGUGAUCGUGUACGUUUAACAUUUGCACGUGGUUAUCAAUUACCAAUCGGUAUUAGUGAUGAAGAUUAUGAUAUAAUUAAUCUGAAAAUAAUCAAAGGAUUUCAAGGAUUUGGAUUCACCAUAAGUGAAGGUCAUAAUGGACAAAAAGUAAAGAAAAUUCUUGACAUUGAACGUUGCUGUUCAUUACGACAAGGUGAUAUUCUAUUAAGUAUAAAUGGUGUUGAUUUAACACAAUUAGCACAUUUGGAUGUUGUCGAAUUAUUGAAACAAUGUCCAGUGGAUGAACCAACAGAAUUUAUGGUAAAACGUAAAAAAAGAUUUCGAUCAAAAACACCAAAUCAAUCAACAACAACAAUGAUGAUGAUGAUGAAUAAUCCAAUGACAAAUAAUAAUGAUAAUAAUAUGAUCGAUAUGGAUAAUUUAGCUAUUGGACAACAAUCGGGCAAUAUAAUACGGAAUUGUAAAACACCAAAUGAAGAAUUAUUCUAUCAACAACAACAACAACAACAGCAGCAGCAACAGCAAAAACAACAAUCAACAAUGUAUAAUAGAAAUUAUAAUACAACAUUACCAUUAUUAACGAAUCCGAUGGUAGCAGCAACAGGUGAUACCUGGAAUAAUAAUGAUCCAAUAACGAUGAUGACGAUGAUGAAUCCUAUAACAAAUACUCAGAAUAAUAAUAAUUGUUAUAAUAAUCUAUAUACUAAUGAUGAUUAUAAUAAUAAUAUAAAUAUGGCUAGUGGUGAUAAUAAUAAUCAUGUUUAUAGUAAUCAACAGCUACAAAAACAACCACUACAACAACAAAUGGAUUAUAGUAAUUUUCCAAUGGUAAUGAUGAAUAAUUCAUCAAUGAAGUCAAGUCAAUCGGCACCAAUAUUAUCAACAAUGACUACAAAUGAUGAUCGAUCAUUACCACCACCAUUAUCAUCAACGGGUAAUUUAUUUGGUCAAAUUGAUAUAGAUUAUGAAUAUCAUCAGAUUACAUUGAAUCGUACGGAUACGGGAUUCGGUUUUCGUAUUAUUGGUGGCUCUGAAGAUGGUAGUAAUGUUGCAAUUGGAUCAAUUGUUAUUGGUGGAGCAGCACAUAAAGAUGGUACAUUGAAAGCAGGUGAUGAAUUAAUUGCUAUAAAUGGACAAUAUGUUAUUGGUUCAAGCCAUCAAGAAGUGGUACAAUUAAUGGCACAAACUGGUGCACAGGUUACUAUCCUUGUAAGACGUAAACGUUACCUAAAUGCAUAUGAUGUACAAUUACAUCGACAAGAUUAUGAAGGUUUUGGUUUUGUCAUUAUUUCAUGUGGUAAUUGUGCAUUGAUUGGACGAAUAAUUGACGGUAGUCCUGCAUAUCGUUGUCAACGUUUACAUAUACGUGAUCGUAUCAUUGCCGUGAAUGGUGUUGAUGUUACGAAUAUGUCACAUCCAGAAAUUGUUAAUAAAAUCAAAGAAUCUGACGAUACAUUAUUAUUACGAAUCGUACCAGCCGAUUGUUAUAGCUGUGAAUUAAUACGUGGUACAAAUGGUUAUGGAUUCUCUAUACGUGGUGGUGCUGAAUUCAAUGGUAUGCCAUUAUUCAUAUUGGCAAUAGCAACAAAUGGUCCAGCCAGUUCAUUAUUACAGAUUGGUGAUGAGAUACUUGAAAUUAAUGAUCGAUCUACAAUUGGUAUGACACAUCAAGAAGCUGUACAGCUUAUUAGCCAAAGUAUGCCAUCGGUUAGACUUAGAAUUCGUCACAAUUAUGGUGGUGGUGAAUUUUUCUCCACAACAGCAAUGAUGUCACCGCCACCACCACCACCCCCACCAUCAUCAUCAUCUAUUACUGGCCGAAUAUCAGCCACAAAUAAUCAUCAAUUAUUAACAUCAUCACCACCACCAGUACCAACAACACCAUUACCAACAUCUCAACAUACAAUAAAUAGUCAAGCCUUUAUACAGCAUCAACCACCACCCCCACCACCACCUCCAGCACUCCCAUUAUCAUCAACAACAGCUAUAGCAUCAACUACAACAGCAACAACAUCAUCAUCAUCUAUGCUUUUACAAUUUCCUUCAACUAAAUAUCCAUCCAAUAUGAUUAGUUAUUAGUAAAAACACGCACACACACACACUUUUUUUUUUUUUUUUUUUUUUGUUUCAUGUAUAGACAUUAAAAAUUGUACUCGAAAAAUCAUUGCUUCAAUCAGAACAAUGAGAAAAA